AUGAUGCUCCCAAAGCUCCUGUCACUCAUCGCCCUCCCAGCAUUGGCUGCGGCCAACUGCAAAACCGCCCCUGGUGAUGCAGCUUGGCCUUUAACCGAGGAGUGGUCGGCUCUGAACCAAUCUAUUGACGGGUCCCUCAUUCGAACUGCUCCUGCUGCCUCUUCUUGUUAUGCAGGAAAUCCACUGAAUUCGCCAUACAACUGCUCCUCGGUGAAGGAUCACUGGUCCUACGCAGCCUACCAUGCCGCAUGGCCUGAAAGCAACGACUACUCCAUCUACAACAACAAUUCUUGCGUACCCCCAGGUGUCUCUGGGUACACCAAAGACAAGGGAUGCAGUAUAGGCGGAAUGCCCCAAUACAUCGUCAAUGCCACUACCGAAGAGCAAGUCGCAACGGCCAUGUCAUGGGCAUCGCAGAGGAACAUCCGCGUCGUCGUGAAGUCUACAGGCCACGAUCUUAACGGUCGAUCAACCGGCGCAUACUCGCUCUCAAUUUGGACGCACAACUUCAAACGCAUCCACCACAACCCAACCUGGCAUCUCCCCGGCACCAACAAAACCGCAGACGUGCUGAUCUGCGGCGGUGGUAACAAUUGGGGCACAGUAUAUACUACAGCUGUAACCCAAUUUAACCGAACAGUAGUAGGCGGCGAAGACGCCACAGUAGGCCUAGGAGACCUGAUCCAAAACGGCGGCCACGGCCUCCUAUCCAGCCACUACGGCCUCGCCUCCGACAACGUCUACCAAGUCACAGUCGUCACACCCGAAGGCCACAUCCUCACCGCGAACGACGCCCAAAACCAAGACCUCUUCUGGGCGGUCCGAGGCGCUGGAGGAGGCCAAUUCGGUGUGGUGACCGAGUUCAUCCUCCAAACGCAUCCCAUCCCAGACAACGUCGUAACCGGCGGCCUAACCUUCUACGCAUCCAGCAAAUCCAAUGCCUCGGAACUAGCCUCCUGGACAGCCUUCGCCAAAACAGCAGCCCAGGUCCCCGACCUCAUGGACUCCGGCAUCACAGGAACCAUCAUGGCCGCGACCGGCGAAUCAGCAAGCACAUACACAGGCCUCGACGAAGUCCUCCCCGGCCCAGCAGUGAUCAUCAGCCUAAUCGCCUACAACUCAACCGUCCAAGCCAUGAACGCCACUCUCCACAACCUAUCCACCCAAAUCACUACUCACACUACCCAAAUAAACACCACACUCACACCACCAACCUCGUACUCUUACUGGUCCUACAUCAAACCCAACUUCCUCGCCAGCCAAUCCGCCGGCGCAUCCAGCCUCUUCACAAGCCGCCUCCUCGGCAAUUACGAGCUCUCGUCCCUCCCACAGCCGGACCUCAUCCACUACCUGCAGCAAAUCUCCGCCUCCCAAUCCGGAGAUGGCACCCUCCUCAUCUUCGGCCUCCAGGGCGGCCGCGGCACCGCUAACGUGCCUGAACAACGCCGCGGAAGCGUGCUUCCAUCGUGGCGCAGCGCAUACGCACAUGUCAUGGCGUAUGGCGGCUCCGUGAACGCUACAGAUGAUCCUGCUGCGUCGUUGGCUGAUGCGGCGGAGUGGUAUGAGAGUGUGCUGGAGCCGGUGUGGAGGGAUUGGGCGCCCAAUAUGGGCGCGUACAUGAACGAGGGCAAUCCGUUUAGUAGUACCUGGAAGAGGGACUUCUAUGGGGAUGGGUAUGAGAAGUUAGCGGAGGUUAAGAGGAGGUAUGAUCCGAAUGGGAGUCUUUGGGUGUAUGCUGGGGUGGGGAGUGAUUUGUGGGAGUUUGAUCUGAGGAGUGGGCUGCUCUGUAGGGUGUAG